AUAUAAGUGGGACACGGUGGUGCGCCCACGUCGACUCGACGGGAGCUGCUGGGAGCGCUGUUUGACUCGCUGAUCCUGGCCAGAUUUGAUGUUACCUAUGCAAAUAUUUUGUAAGGUUAUGGAAUGGAUAUUUUUCUUCUGAGUGUAACCUUGCAAUUCUCAAGAAGCCAUAACAUUUUUCCUCGAAAUAUCACCUGUUCGCAACAUCUCAAAAGCCCCUCGUCAGAAUAGCCUGCACAUAUUUAUGUGAUCAUUGUACAGCAUAAAACUAGCGAAGUUUCACACAUUGCCCGGGCGUGUAACCUGGAAAAACAUAGUGUUUUAGAUUGAAGAUCUGUACAGACCUAAGCGUGCAAAAUGAAACUGCUGUCAGCUGUCCUACUCUUUCUUAUUAUGACGGAAGUUUUUUGCGAAGAAUAUGAUCCCAGCGACUAUGAAAAUGACCUUAUCGACAGGGACCAAAUACAGGAUUCAAGGCUAACGUCUGAGGCACUGAAUACUAUACUGAGAAGAGCAGCAAGAAAACCUCGACCUCAACAGUUCUUUGGUCUAAUGGGGAGACGAUCUUCCAGGCAGAAACUCAAUUCCUUUGUGGGAUUGAUGGGCAAGAGGAACCAAGGGAUGCCAGAUCUGUAUGAAUGGAACAUGCCAGUGAAACAGCAGCAGUACCGCUAAGUCCUACAAACUGCAAACCCUCCGCCCUUAACCUAUAAACAUAAUGACGAUGUUUCCUUUACGUGGUUCAACACCAGUGCUGCGGCUCCCUUGAAACAUGUAUGUUAAAUUUUUGGAAGCUAGUUGCUACUUUAUUUUGAGCAAAUCACUUUGAAGAUACAAUAGUAUUAACACUGCCUUCAAAUAAGAUGUAUAUCUUGCUUUUGGUGCCUGGCAUGGACUAAAUGAAAUAAUUUGCCCUCUGAAGAACAGAUGGCUUUGAAACCAGCUAUCAAGUGAACCCUUACCUGGUUAGACAGAAAGCUAUAAAGUCAUUGUAGAGUUAUUCAUAAAUACUGCGUUGAUGUUGAUUCGUUGUUGCCGCUGCUGUUCUUGUCCUUCCUCACCUGUAACAGAUCGAGUACACAUGCACACAUUGGGAAACGUUGCUGGUUCAGUUCUUGUCCUUUCAGGAAUUUGCUUUGAUUUAUUAAAACGGAGAUAAAGACCAAAUGCGCUGUAUUGUUAUAUACACUCAUUGUUCUCUCUCUUAAAUGUUAUCCAUUACAUUUUGAGGAAAAAACAAAUGAAGUGUGACAGAUUCCAUGUGACGAAAAUCUUCUGAAAAAAAUUAAAAACAAGACACGGCCUGCUGAGAGAAACAAGACAUGUACCUUCUAUGUGCUUUCCGUGCGUACAUCUAAGUUUUAACGUUUAAAAAUGAGUACGGCCAAACGGACGAUGAAUGCGGUGAGAUAAUGUCAGUUUGUAGGUUCGAUUUAAAUAUGUGUGAACUCAAGCGUUUUAAGAGUACAUGUUAAAAUGCUAAGAAUCAGUUUUAUUUAAAUCGCAGCUAGUAUUAUUUAUCAUGGAUGUCACAACAUAAAUAUCAUGGAAAGGUAACCGCCGAACAAAUAACUCGUUUCGUAGUUGUACGACUGUUAAGGUUGUUGCUUGUUGCUGGGCCGAUGGUGAGUCAAUGCAACGUAAUUUCGUUCUGAUGUGCACUAACCGGUGUAUGUUCUGAAUGACAAUAAAGUUUGCUAUUCUAUUCUA